AUGGGUAUCCAGAAGACCUCCGCGCUGCUGGUCAUGAUGCUGCUGUGCUCGGCCAUGACCGUGCCAGCUCGCCUACUGGGAACCAAGGGUAACAGCGCCGCCUCCGCCCAGGCGGUGGCCCAGGCCAUCGGCGGCGGUAGCGCCUCCGCCGCGGCCAACGCCGCAGCCCAGGCGCUGUCUGGCUCCCAGUCCACCGCCACCACCCAGGCGGUGGCCCAGGCAUGGACCCAGGGCCUGGCCUCCUGCAUCGGUUCCGCGCCCACCGCCACCGCUACCGCCCAGGCCAUCGCCUCCUCCCUUCUCUGCGACAGCCCCGCGCUCGCAUCGGCCACCGCUCAGGCCCUGGCCUCCGUCUCCGGCACGCCCGCCGGCUGUGCCCUCGCCGGCCAGGCGCUGGCGUCCGCCGCGGCCCAGGCCCAGGCCUCCGGGCAGGGCAUGGCCUUCGCCCAGGCCCUCGCCCAGGCCACCGCCUCCGUCACCAUGCCCAGCUGCCUCUUCGGCGGGGUCGCCCAGGUGAGGGUGCUGGUCAAGUGUGUUUGCCAGCCGGACUGGGGUUGGAUCCCGGGAGGCCCACUGGGUGCCAAUAUCCACAAUGGCAUGGUGUACAAAACGCAUGGAACUCAUGGAGGCCUGGCAUGGUCGUUUGAUUUGCUCUGA